AUGGGAGUGGUUCUAUCGGAGACGGGGAAGCUGUUUGCUAUCGACCUUGCCACUUCGAAGAUCCUAUGGUCGAAAAUGGCGAGCAGGGAUUGCGUCAUAGACAGGCAUGGCAGAGGUCGUGGGUUCGAUCCCCGAGUGAAGAAUGGGCCGAAGAUCUGGUUGCGAAUUUCACACUCGAAUGGGAAAUACGAUCUUAUCGAGCCAACGACAG